CUGGAGAUCCUAAGGAUAUCAUUAGCCAGAGGAAAAGCUCCGCAUUCCCAAUCCAGGAGUUGGAAUAGUAGCAAGCGGUCCAAAGACCCAGACAGGACUAUCUGUUUGCAAGCGUCCUUCCCUUUCUUCCUGAUUUUCUUGCCUUCAGCUCAAUUGCCCGUUCCAUCUCCCAGGAAGAAGGGACCAGGCUUGGAGUGGGAAAAGGAAAUCCCCGGAACAGACACCACCUGAGUCCUCGGCUAGAGGAAAGGGAUCCCCUCCUUCCUCAGAGGCAAGCACACUGAAUUUCUGCCAGGGAGAGGGGUGUCUCUCAAGGAAGGACGUGGGAAGAGCGUAUCCUGAAGACCUGUAGGUGAAUACCAAAAACUGCCAAGGAGAUGCUCUUUGUGGUGAACCCACAUGAAGCCUGCUAAGUGCCUGGGUUCUGGCUGCAGUAAAGAGGCUGGGACUCAGGCUGAGCUUGCUGCUUCACCAGGGCAUCGACUGGGCUAGGGAAGGGGGCUGCUUCAUUUCACUCUACUAGUGGCUGGAAGCCGGGUUCUCUGAUCACUAGCCAUCUUUCCACCAGCUCCAGCUUUAGUCUCCAGGAUGCCAGUGCUGUGGUAUAUCUGGAUGACUUUCCUCUGCCAUCUGUGCCAUGGCUACUUUGAUGGGCCCCUCUACCCAGAGAUGUCCAACGGGACCCUGCAUCACUACUUUGUGCCGGACGGGGACUACGAAGAGAAUGAUGACCCGGAGAAGUGUCAGCUGCUCUUCCGAGUGAGCGACCACCGACGCUGCCCCCAAGGAGAGACAGGCCAGGCUAGCAGUCUGCUGAGCCUCACCCUGCGUGAGGAGUUCACCGUGCUGGGGCGACAGGUAGAAGAUGCUGGCAGGGUGCUAGAGGGCAUCAGCAAGAGCAUCUCCUAUGACCUGGAUGGAGAGGAAAGCUACGGAAAGUACCUGCGCCGGGAAUCCAAUCAGAUCGGCGAUGCUUACUCCAACUCUGACAAGUCACUCACUGAGCUGGAGAGCAAGUUCAAGCAGGGCCGGGAUCAGGAGGCCAGGCAGGAGGGCAGGCUUAACGAUGACUUUUUGGGGAUGCUGAUUCACACCAGGUCUCUGCUUAAGGAAACCUUGGAUGUCUCCGCAGGGCUGAGGGAUAAGUAUGAGCUGCUCUCCCUAACCAUCCGAAGCCAUGGCACCCGGUUAGGGAGGCUCAAAAAUGAUUAUCUCAAAGUGUAGAAGGGACUUCCAGCUGCACACACUGGAGGUGAAGAGACUCUCGACACUGUGUUGGGGACGUAACUUCUCUCCCCAUCUUUUUCCCUACCACAUUGAUACUUUGGAUUUCCCUUUGAAAAGUAAGUCUGGGGUACUUAAAAAAAGUCACAGCUGUAUCACUCUGUAUGGUAUUUGUGGCUGUGGUUGCUAUAGAUUUUUCUGCUAUAAAAACACUGUUAAUGGAACUCCAGUAACUUCAAAAGGUGCUUUGGGAUCAUGCCUGAUCAUCUACUCCUACCAGUCCAGUUACCCGCUUGUUUCAGAAAUCACCUGGAAUCUGGGAAGUCAGCAGACUUUUCCCCCCAAGGCCUCUUCGCUCAUGAUCCUUCUGGCUGGGAGAGGCGAUAAAACCUCAGCAUGUCCCGAGUCUAACCUUGAUCCACAUUUUCAUUUGGCAACCAAGCAGCUAAAUCUCCAGGUUUAUUCUUCACUGCCUCCUUUUCUCUCUUAUUUAUUAGCUGCGGUUUCUAUCAUUUUAGGGAAGGAAUCAGCAGUGUGUCGUACUCCCAUUACAAUGAGUGGGGGAAUUGCUUCCCUGCAUUUCAGCAUGCUCAAAGUUAAAAAGACUGUGAGACAUGUAUCCCAGCUGUUGGCUUACAAAUCCCAGUAACUCGAUUAGGGUCUUGCUGUCCCCAUGUUCCCCAGCUGGAUUCUCUCCAGUUAAGUGCAAUGGCCAAGACCUUAGCAACUUUAAAAGGAUGAGCUGUUUUGGGUGCAUCCUUAGAUGCUCAAGAUUUGGGCUCUCAGUGUAGCAUUUUGCUGUGGGGGUUUGAAUAUCUUCUUUAUAAGUCCAGGAAUCCUGAGAACCUAAUAGCUCUUUAGCUGUCUUAAGUUUAUUAUUCAGACAAUAAGUGUAUUCUCAUGUUAUAUAUCUCCUUAUUUUAUAACUUAAGGCUGUGAUUGUCACUCAUGUUUUAAAGAGCUGGCAGAAAAUGGAUGGAAGCCAAAUUUCUUAGACCUAAGUAUUAAAUAAAGCAGGGAGAAAGAUUUCUCAUGUUGUUUCUUCUACCUUUACCAGCUCCUGUUAUUUUAAAAAUGCCAACAAUCUCCUAGCCUGUGCUGGGACCCUUGUGGGUAAACUUCACAAUUUUAUGCACUGAGCUGGACUUCUUAAAGCUAUCUUGAGGAGACAGACAGGAAAAGUACGCAGUUCACUAGCAAGUUCCAGCAACCUCACUGAGGAGCUGAGUGAUUUCCAGGGCUGUUGGAUUCCAGGAAUUGCAGGCAGGGCCAGCAAAGACAGUGCUAACCCUUUAUAUGUCAUUUCAAUAAAUAUUUAAAGAAGUGGACAUGAA